AUGAAGAUUAAGUUGGUCUUUGGGGGUUUUACAUUGCAUGUUUGUAGUGUUUAUGUGCUGCAAAUGGGCUUGAAAGAGGAGGUGAAGGCAAGAUUUUGGGAAGAUUUGGACGAGGUAGUGAGAAGCGUGCCUAGCGCGGAGAAGAUCGUCAUAGCAAGGGAUUUCAAUGGGCACAUUGGGAUCCUACCUAGAGGUUAUGACGAUGUGUAUGGUGGUUUUGGCUUCGGUGUUAGAAAUGGCAAGGGAGCGGCCCUAUUGGAUUUUGCGAGAGCCUUUGAGCUGAUUUGGAAGAGAGUGGUUAAGCGGAGAUUGAAGAGGGUUGUGCCUGUUUCAGAGAACCAGUUUAGAUUUAUGCUUGGUCGUUCAACGACAGAGGCAAUCCAUUUGGUGAGGAGAUUAGUGGAGCAAUAUAGAUAA